GAGAGACAUUCAAAAUUUGGUUAUGUACAAAUCUAUGGUGUGAAAUAACGUUCUCAAAAAUAACAUUAUAUUUGUGAUUAAAGCAUAUACGUUUUAUCUGUCGUAUAUCAGUGAGAAUAAAUAAAUAUGAAGUGUCAUUAUGAAGUAUUGGACGUCUCUAAAGACGCUUCUGAUUCUGAUGUAAAGACAGCUUAUAGGAAAUUAGCCUUAAAGUGGCAUCCCGAUAAGAAUUUAGAAAAUCCUGAGCUUGCCAAGGAACAAUUUCAACUUGUACAACAAGCUUAUGAAGUACUAAGCGAUCGUCAGGAGAGAGCAUGGUAUGACAACCAUAGAGAACAAAUUUUACGUGGUUCAAAUUCUGAAUUCGAAGAUAAAAGUUUAGAUGUGUUUCACUACUUUAAUACCUCAUGUUUUAAGGGAUACGAAGAUGACAAGAAAGGGUUUUAUGCAAUAUAUAGAAAUGUUUUUGAAAGUAUUGCAAAAGAAGAUAUGGAAUUUAUGCAAGACAAAGAAGAAUUUUGUGAAGUACCUAGUUUUGGGAAUUCCCAAACUGAUUAUCAGAAAGUGUCAGAAUUUUAUAACUAUUGGUUAAAUUAUACUACAAAAAAAAGUUAUGUGUGGUUAGAUCCGUAUGAUAUAACUUCAACUAAAGAUAGAAGAUAUGUUAAAUUAGUAGAAAAAGAAAACAAAAAAGUCAGGCAAAAGGCUAGGAAAGAACGCAAUGAAGAAGUCAGGAAUCUAGUAGCAUUCGUAAAAAAGAGGGAUAAACGUGUCCAGGCCCAAAAAAAAAUACAAGAACAAAAAUCAUUGGAAAACAAAAAGAAAAGGGAACUAUUAAGUAAGCAGAAGAGAUUGGAAAGGCAGCAAGAAUUAAAUGAAUCUGGCAGUCAACCAGAGUGGUCCAAAUUUGAUAAUUUUAAAUCCGAAUUAGAAGAAAUAGAGAAAAAUCUUGUUGAACAAUUUGGAGAAGAAUUUUCAAAUUCUGAAGAUGAAGAGGAAGAAAACGAUCUUAGUAGUCUUUACUGUGUAGCCUGCAACAAAAUCUUUAAAACGGUGAAUGCAUUCGAAAAUCAUGAAUUUAGCAAAAAACAUAAGGAAAAUAUAGUUGCACUAAAAGAACUUAUGUUAAACGAAAAUGAUUGUGAUGAAGAACUUGAAGAUACAGAGUGUAUCGAAUCAGAAACAAAUCAUGAAGACAUCUUAGAUGACGAUGUUAGUGAAAAUAAUAUUGAAAUGGAAGAUGUUAUACAAACUAAAUCAAAAAAGAAGAAGAAAUCUCGGAACGUUCUUCCAGUUGAUCUACAGGAAACACAUAAUGACGUAGAUAAAGUUAUUCCAGAGCAAAUCGAAUCUGAAGAAAACUUGGGUAUCGUCCCGGAUAAAAAACACAAAAAGAAGAACAAAAGAAACAGUAAUAAAAUGAAGUCAGACAUUAAUGAAAAAAGUUCUGAACCUGAAAACACAGUGCAAGCCAAUAAAAAAAAUAGAGAUAAGAAAAUGAAAAAAGAAAUUGAACGUAACGUAUUAGAUAUUGAUACUGAUCAUAAUUGUAUUACCUGUAAGUCUAGUUUUCCUUCGAAAAAUAAAUUAUUUGAUCAUUUGAAGAAAACUGGACACGGUGUAUAUAUACCUUCAAAUGUAAAAAAUAAA